AUGGCAAAUCAGAAUCUGAACGGGCGGGUAGCCAUUGUCACCGGCGGCUCCCGUGGCAUCGACCGUGAAAUAGCAAUCCACCUGCACUCCCUUGGCGCGAGAGUCAUCAUCAACUACGCUUCAAGUUCGAAGCAGGCAGAAGAACUGGCCUCCCAGCUCAACACCAACAGCUCAGAGCUAUCCGCCAUCGCUGUCAAAGCAGAUGUCUCAGACCCAGAUGAGGUCAAGCUCCUCUUUGACAAGGCCGAGCAGGAAAUGGGCCAGGUCCAUGUCCUGGUCAACUCCGCCGGCGUCUUGGAUCCCAAGUACCCUUCUCUCGCCGACACCACCGUCGACGACUGGGACAAGACCUUCAGUAUUAACACCAAAGGAGCCUUCUUGGUUUGCAGAGAAGCCGCCAACAGACUCGCUCGCGGCGGCGCCAGAAGAAUUAUCAUGAUCACCACCUCCGCUGUCGGGGGACUUAUGCCCGGUUACGCCGCCUAUGCUGCCUCCAAGGCCGCCGUGGAAACCAUUACCAAAAUUGUGGCCAAGGAGCUGAAGGGUACCGGCAUCACUGCCAACUGUGUCGCUCCUGGCCCCGUCGCCACCGAGCUCUUCUUCGCAGGAAAAAGUGAGGAAACCAUGAACAAGAUGAAGGAUGCUUGCCCUCUUGGCCGCCUUGGUCAGCCCCAAGAUGUGUCUCCGGUUGUUGGGUUUCUUGCUGGAGAUGCAGGGCAGUGGAUCAACGGUCAGGUUCUUAGGGUCAAUGGCGGAUCUGUCAUCAAACCAUCCAAAGACGGUGUAGAAACACACAAAAAGAGUGUCAGUGAGUGCAUAUAA